AUGCCUCUAUAUGCUAAAUUCCUCAAGGAGCUCAUCAACAUAAAAAGAAGUUGGAAUGAGAAGGAAAUAGUGAUCUUAACACAAGAGUGCAGUGCAGUGAUUCAAAAAGGCCUCCCACCAAAACUCAAAGACCCUGGGAGCUUCUUUUUGCCUAGCACCAUUGGCAAUAUAAUCAUUGAUAAGGCAUUGUGUGAUCUAGGAUCAAGCAUCAAUCUGAUGCCCUUAUCCAUGAUGAGAAAACUGUCCAUAGAAGAAGUGAAACAUGUGAGGAUGACCUUACAACUUGCUGACAGAUUAAUGGUAAUCCCUAAUGGAGUGGUUGAGAACCUUUUGGUCAAGAUGAAUAAGUUCAUAUUUCCAGCAGAAUUUAUGAUCUUAGAUCUAGAUGAAGAGGAAGGUGAUUCCAUCAUAUUGGAAAGACCUUUCCUGGCCACAGCAAGAGCCAUCAUCGAUGUGGAAAAGGGAGAAAUGACUAUGAGAGCACAUGAUGAGAAGAUCACUCUAAAUGUCUUUAAGGAAAUCCAGCACACUGCUGAAGAGAAAAGCUGCAUGAGAGUUGAAAAAGAAUACUUGCAUUGGAAGGAAAAACCCAAAGAGGCACUCAUCAUCUCACCUUUGAAGCAAAAGACAAAUAGUGGAGAAGAACAAAAGGGGGAUGAAGAUGUAAAGACUGAGAAGAGAAGGCAGGAAGAGAUUGAGAAGUUGAUCACUAAAAAAAGGACCCUGAUAUAA